AUGCAGGGCAAAGUGGCCAUCAGCUCUUCCAGCCCUGUUGUGGCAGCUUCCUUACCAUCCCCAUCCCAGGCCAGACAGCCACUCGUCAGCACCGGGGAGAUCUUCAAGCUUCCAGGCAGGCUGAGAAUCCAGCCCUCACUGUGGAGCAAGGAUGACGUGAUCCACUGGCUCAGAUGGGCUGAGAGGGAAUAUUCCCUUCGGCAAACCGACGACAGCAAGUUCGAGAUGAACGGCAAAGCCCUGUGCAUCCUCACCAAGGAGGACUUCAGACACAGAGCUCCCAGCUCAGGUGAUGUGCUGUAUGAAAUACUCUGCUUCAUCAAGACUCAAAGAAGAGCUCUGAUGUGCAGCCCUUUGCUGAACUCACCCUUUGGGAAGCCCAGGAGCACGGAGGAAGUUUUGCCUCUGUACCUGACCCUUACCCUGCUUGGCAUCUCCUCUGACCCUCCUGGACUUUCUGCUGCUCCCGCCUUAGGAAAAUCCCAGGCUUUCCUCAGCACCCUCCUCCUCUGCUAG